AUGCAAUUACCCAAUAUUAUACGUGAACCAGCAACUGCUUUAAUAGGAGAAGCGUGUUAUAGUUCUUUAAUACAAGACUUGAAUUUGAAUGACAUUGAAUGUAUUAAAUAUGUGAUAUCUAAAGGAUUAGGACUGGGCAUCGUUUUAGGUGGAUCUAUUGUGAAGAUACCUCAGAUAUUGACUAUUAUUAAGAACCAUUCAGCCAGUGGAUUAUCAUUAACAUCUUAUCUUAUGGAAACAUUAUCUUAUUUUAUCACGCUUUCAUAUAAUCUUCGACAAGGUAAUCCAUUUAGUACCUUUGGUGAAAUCAUGUUUAUUUCUUUACAAAACAUAAUCAUCACCUGCCUCAUACUUUAUUUUGGACGACAACAAAAGCAAAUGAUGAUCACUCUCUUGGGCUUUCUUGGUUUAUUCUAUGCACUCAAUCAAAGCGUGCCAUCUUCAGUCUUGAGUAGUUUAUAUGCGUUGACGAUACCACUUAGUUUAGGUAGUAAAGUACCUCAGAUCUAUAUCAAUUUCAAAAACAAGUCAACAGGACAACUUUCUGUAUUUACAGUCAUCAAUUAUUUUGCUGGAAGUGCUGCUCGUGUAUUUACUACAAUGACUGAAUUGGAUGACACUCUGAUGCUAUUUGGUAAUCUAUUGGCUGCUACAUUCAAUGCCAUUCUUGUCUUACAAGUCAUACUUUAUAAUAACAAGCAUAAAAAAGAAUAA